AUGGGCGCAGGUUUAAGCACACUAUUCUAUACACGCAAUGAUCCUGGGAUUACAGACUGGGACGUGUCGUUCCUAAACCCAUCUAACCUGGACGCACCGCCGGUCGCACGCGGGUUGAUCAUCCUAAACCAACCAUUCUCCCGGGAUCUACUGGACACACUAUGGAACGUUUGUUCGUGGCAUUGUUGUGCAGACGGAGGUGCAAACCGAGUGUUCGAUCUCAUUCCGGACGAUCUUCGUUGCUCGUGGGAUCGCAGGUAUGUUCCGGACUUGAUUAAAGGUGACCUGGACUCCUUGCGGACCGACGUACGGGAUUACUAUAUCUCCAAGGGCGUUCCGAUCAUACAAGACCAAGACCAAAAUUCGACAGACCUAAUGAAAUGUGUUCAAUCUAUCCAAGAACUGGAGAAACCAGAAUAUCUGACUGUUACGCAGUACGAAAUCAUCAUCCUUGGUGGGCUGGGAGGGAGAUUGGACCAGACGGUACAUACUCUCUCGUACUUGCACAAACUGCGGCGGACGCGAAAGAAGGCGUUCGUGGUCACAGAUGACAAUAUUGCCUGGGUACUUGACGAGGGGCAACAUCGUAUUCGCAUUGAUCACGACAUACUGGGUCCUACGUGUGGACUGCUACCCGUCGGAGUCGAGUCCACGAUAUUGACGACCACCGGUCUUCGCUGGAACCUAACUGAGGCCGAAUCAUCGUUAGAUGGGUUGGUUUCGACGUCGAACCAUCUGGUCCCUGGGGAAUUUUUCGUGACGAUCAAUACUUCAAGACCGAUCUGGUGGUGUGUGGAGCUUCAGAAGGACUGA